AUGACCUUGAAAGGUCGAGGGAUUCCUGGGAUGAACAAUCAAUACAUCCGUCGGGAAGUCUUUUGCUGUGAAACUUGUCACGAGCUCAAAAGCUUCUGGGAAAAAGAAAUUAGCAAACAGACUUACUAUCGGGAGCUGGAGGAAGAGCGUCAGGGAAGGAGCGCCCUGAGGAAGCUCAGAGAAGGAUGGAAACGGAGACUGGAGGAAAGACUGCGGAUGCUGGACAAUCCUGAGGAGAAGCCCCAGGAGGCGAACACUGUGGGCUGAUGGCCUCCUGCCUCCUCCACUUCACAGAUA